AUGCCGACGGAAAUCGUGAAAAAUACGUCCAAGACGAGUCUUGGUGAGUCUUACAAUGUCGGUUCUUGUAUCAAUCUCGAUAAGUGUGGAUCGUUUUACUCCAUCGUUUCAGUGACAGAUAUCCGAGAGAGAAAUCUUCCUCGAGUUAGCAUCAAUGAUAUUUACUACUCGGAUAAGUACACGGAUGACAAUUACGAAUACAGGCACGUGAUCUGCCCUUCACAUCUGGGAAAGAAGUUGAAGUCGCUUGGUCUGAUGACGGAAUCCGAAUGGAGACGCAUGGGUAUCCAGCAGAGCGUUGGCUGGGAACAUUACAUGGUCCAUAAUCCUGAACCACACAUUCUCCUCUUUCGCCGAAAGCUAACAAGCGCCGAAGCCAAUAAUAACAAGUGAGAAGCCAACUACGUGAACCUGAUCGCAGCAUCUUCUGUUGGUCAAGAACUACGGUGUCUCGGAAGUUUCUUUCGUGCGGUCUGCGUGAGAUUGUGAACUGAUGAGAUUCCAUUUUUCUGAAAUCCUUUUAUUUUUGCCGAGUGAUAGUCCUUGUUCCGCGCGUUUCGAGAAUGUGAGUCGGUCUUCUGUUCAUACAAGCUUUCUUGCCGAUUUCUCGUGAGGUUUGAUGAGUUUACGCGAAGUUAUGAGGAGAGAUAUUGGAUAUACGUGAAAUGAAUAUCAAUCUUUAGUA